AAGCACUUCGGGUUGAUUGUUCCAAAGUAGUACACAACCAACACCAUGACGCACGAGUUCUCGCGCCUUCCAACCAACGUCAAGCCCAUCAAGUACACGUUGCACUACGAUGUAGUCGACUUGACUCGUUUCCGCUUCGAAGGCCGCGAAGAAGUGUCGAUCGCAGUGACGCAAGACACGAAAACCAUCACGUGUCACGCGAUUGAGCUGUGGGUGCACAGCGUGAAAGUGGUGCGCCAGGACGGCACGGCUGUCGCAUGCUUGGAAACUCGGUUCAUUGAGGAGGACCAAACCAUCACGUUUGUCUUGGACGAAACGUUGGUCGCCGGCACGACCGCGACGAUUCACUUGGCGUUUUCAGGGCUUCUCAACGACGCCUUGCGCGGGUUCUACCGCAGCGAGUACGAGCACGAUGGCCAGAAGCGCAUCAUGGCGGCGUCGCAAUUUCAAGCGUGCGAUGCCCGUCGUGCGUUCGUGUGCUGGGACGAACCAGCGAUCAAGGCAACGUUUGAGAUCUCCAUGGCCACGCCCGUGCACUUGACGGCCAUUUCCAACAUGCACGUGCUGUCCACGUCCGUGCGCCCGUCGACGUUGACGUUCAACGGCGCCGAGAAAGUGUGGCACUUUGCCGAAACGCCCAUCAUGUCGACAUAUUUGGUGGCGCUGGUGGUGGGGGAGUUCGACACCGUGUCCGACUACACGGACGAAGGCGUGCUGGUCAACAUUUACACGCCGUUGGGGAAGGCUGUGCAAGGCCAAUUUGCCCUCUCGGUCGCCACGAAAGCGUUGUCGUUCUUCACCAAGGCGUUUGGGCUGCCGUAUCCGCUAAAGAAGCUCGACAACUUGGCGAUUCCGGACUUUGCCGCGGGGGCCAUGGAGAACUGGGGCUGCAUCUUGUAUCGGGAAACGGCCUUGCUGAUUGAGCCGGGUCAGAGCAGCAAGGCCAAGCGCACGCAAGUGGCGCUCACGGUCGCCCACGAGUUGGCGCAUCAAUGGUUUGGCAAUUUGGUGACGAUGGAAUGGUGGACCGGGUUGUGGUUGAACGAAGGGUUUGCGCACUUUAUGGAGUACGAUGCGGUGGACCAUAUCUUUCCGGAAUGGAACAUGUGGGAGAACUUUGUCCAGGAAGUGACGCUGGACUCGGCCUUCCGGGAAGAUGCGUUGCUCAGCUCGCACAUGAUCGAAGUGGACGUGAACCACCCGGACGAAGCCGACGAAAUCUUUGAUGCGAUUUCGUAUUGCAAAGGGGCUAGUGUGAUUCGAAUGUUGAGCGAAUACCUUGGCAAAGACGUAUUUUACCGCGGCAUUCAAAUCUACUUGAAGCGGUUCAGCUACAGCAAUGCGGUAACGAUAGACUUGUGGGAGGCGCUGGAAGAGGCGUCGGACCUGCCGCUGUCGGCCAUGAUGAACACAUGGACCAAACAGACGGGCUUCCCCGUCGUGACCCUGAGCCGGACGCCGGACGGGGUGCUGUCGCUCGCCCAAACCCGCUUCUUCUCGGACCCGUCGGUAGUCGAUCCGGAUGACUCGCGGUGGGACCUCCCGCUCACGGCGCAGGUCGGGCAUGGCAGCGGUGGUGGAGGAGGUUCGGAACUUCACCGCGUGGGCAUCUGGACGGCCAGCGACCUCCCCGCCCGCGACGCCGCGUUCGAAGUCCACGCGCCGACGUCUGUGGGGUCGAAAUUCCCUGCCGACAGCCCCUGGAUCAAGCUCAACGGACUCCAGCAAGGCUUUUACAUUGACAACUAUGACGCUGACGGGUGGCUCCGCCUCCAGAGCCCGUGCCAACAGUUGGUGCUAAGUGAAGUGGACCGCAUGUGCCUGCUCGAUAAUGCGUUUGUGCUCACGCGAGCGGGCAAGUUGGACUUGGCGAACGCUUUGGAAUUUAGUCGCGCGUUUGCUAACGACCCAAGUUAUCUCAUUUGGAAGUCGCUGUCGACGCACUUGACGUUCUACGGCAACUUGAUCCAUCAAACCUCGACUUUUCCCAAAUUUCAAGCCUAUGUGCGCCAGUUUUACGACCCGCAGUUGGCGCGACUGGGCUGGUUCACACAAGACACAGACCAAGAGUCGACGGCGUACUUUCGCAGCGAAGUGAUUCGAAUGCUCGGGGCGGCCAAGGACCCAGCCGUGUUGGCGGACGCUGUGAUCCAUUUUCAAACCCUCGUCACCACUCCUGAGGCGUCGCGGGUGACGUCGGACCUGCGCGCGGUCAUCUUCCGCGUCGUGGCGACUCAUUUGCAGGGUCAAGUGUAUGACCAGCUGCGCACGUUGUACGAAUCAUCCGACUUGGCGGAGCUCAAGAACGACUGCUUGGGCGGCAUGGGCGCCGUGCAAACCAAGUGGAACGACACGCUAGAGUGGGCGUUGAGUGGCAAGGUGCGGUCGCAGGACAUUCAGUACGCGUUUGCGGGCGUCGUGCGGUCAGGAAUCGAAGGCGCCGACUUCGCGUGGGCGUUUAUCCAAGCCAACUGGGACCGAUUGAAUGACAAGUACAUUCCCAACAAGGUCGGGUCGCUUGUGUGCUUGGCCAUCGGGCGGUUCCAAAGCGAAAACAAGGCGGUGGAAGUGGAGGCGUUCCUCGGGGAUAAGAAGACGACCGCGUACAAGCGCCGAUUAGACACGACCCUCGAGGGCAUCCGGAUCAAGGCGGCAUGUUUCCGCCGCGAUGCGACUCAUCUGGACCAAUGGCUCACUGCGCAGACCUUGUAGUAGCAUGUAGUACGGGAACGAAAUGGGUUGUGUAUAUAUACUAACUAGUGUACCACGACCGAUGUUUAUCGUCUGCUGGUUCAAACGUUA